GGUUCAGUCACUGGCGUGUGUUGUGAGGCAUAACGCUGUUCCCUCGAGCACUCAUCACUCGAUCACAUUCAUUGUUGGACGAGAACAUCUGGUCGCCGGUUUCAAGUGAUAUAUGCGAAGUGCAGAGUGAAUAAACCUUUAUCAAGAUCAUUCCUAGUUGUACAAAUUAGUGCCACUCCAUAUAAAUAUCGCAUUAAGCUUACUAAAGGCAUUAAAAAUUGUACCAAUUACGCUGUCAAGUAUUCAUAUCCCACCCCGGCUUGGCCAAGACUGACCUGUGUGGACUAACAGUCACGCCCUACUAAGCUCCUUCCCAGGUACCCGCAUUAGGGUACAGGUGUAGGCCUGUCCUCAGGCUCCCCUCAUCCAGCCCGCCCGCCCGCCCACCCUCCCGCCCACACAUCAUGGAUCAGGUUGGUCGUGCCGUGCGAAGGGUAGUUCCCAUGGGCUGGCCUUGUCUUAGCUACGCCCUCGGCCAUGCCCACGCCGCCCCUCUCCGCGCCCAUCUACAGUGCAUGCCUUAUAUUCUGCUGACCUCAAGGGGCGUGGGGCCCCCUGCUGUGACCGCCGCUGCAUGUCGUUACCUCUAUACCUCUAGAGAGUCAGAUUCGUCUUGGCGGGACAGCAUCUGCAUCUCCGUCGACUGUGAGGAUGAAGCGUUCUUGCAUACUACGGUGACGCCCAUCAAUGUGGAGGACCAGCUGUUUGAUAUGUUCAAGGAUGAAACAGACGAUACAGUUCACAUGGGAAGGUUCCUAGCGGCACUAACAGAAACAGGGCUGAGGAAGUCUGACCCACGCCUAGCUGAACUGAGGAGCAAUCUGAUGGAGGUUCACGCUACACUAGACAACCCUAAGGACACCUCCUUCAGUACCCUCAUGCUCGAGAAGGGAACGUUUAAGAGGGAUCGGCGGUCACGCUCCCAGAGUCCGUCAUCGAACUCGACGAAUGGAUCCCCGCGUCGCGCCCCGCCCAUCACAUCUCCUACCUCAAGAAGGCUCAACAGAGAACAGUUCAAGAAAGUGAUCCAAGACAACAUUGUGCUGAUCUCUCGGGCUCUUAGACACCAGUUUGUCGUCCCCGAAUGGCACGACUUCAAUUCAUACAUCGAAGAAUUCUAUUGGUCUGCCAAGGCUCUCACAGUAGGGAAGAUUUACGCUGUUGGCAAGGUAGCAUCAUACAUUCCCCAGCUGGCAAGAUUUAGCCCGGACCAUUUUGGUGUGGCUGUGUGCUCGGUAGAUGGCCAGCGGUAUGAGGUUGGCGACACAAAUAUCAAUUUCACAAUGCAGUCCUGCAGUAAACCUGUGACGUAUGGCAUCGCACUUAAUGAGUUGGGUAAUGAGACGGUGCACAAAUAUGUUGGUACGGAACCCAGUGGUCGCAUGUUCAACGCCAUCGUCUUGGAUUACAAUGAUAAGCCACACAAUCCCCUGGUUAAUGCUGGCUCUAUAGUUGUAAACGCUCUCCUACACAGUCUCGUUAAACCGGGUAUGUCCUCCUCAGAAAAGUUUGAUUUCGUCCAACAGUAUUUCAAGCGUCUGGCAGGCGGGGAGAACGUGGGUUUCAGUAAUGGUACAUUCCUGUCCGAGCGAGAACAUGCAGAUAGAAACUACUCACUAGGAUACUACAUGAGAGAGAACAAGUGCUUCCCCGAGAAGUGUGACCUGAUGGCCUCGUUGGAUCUCUACUUCCAGAGCUGCUCGAUGGAGGUGACAGCGGAGAGUGUGGCGGUGAUGGCGGCGACUUUGGCGAACGGCGGGAUCUGUCCUACCACGGGCGAGGAGGUGCUGAAGCCUUACGCCGUCCGGGAUGUGCUCUCCCUCAUGCACUCCUGCGGGAUGUAUGACUACUCGGGGCAGUUCGCGUUCAAGGUGGGGCUGCCGGCCAAGUCAGGUGUGUGUGGCGCCAUCAUGCUGGUGAUUCCUAACGUGAUGGGGAUAUGUACGUGGUCUCCUCCCCUUGAUCUCCUUGGCAACUCCGUCAGAGGACUUAAAUUCUGUGAGGAAUUGGUGCAGGUGUUCAACUUCCACCGAUACGACAACCUCCGUCACGCUGCCAACAAGAAGGACCCACGCAAGCAGAAGUUCGAGUCACGAGGCCAGAAGGUUGUUUCCCUCCUGUUUUCUGCCUGUUCUGGUGAUGUCACAGCAAUGAGGAGGUAUGCCCUGGCAGGUUUGAACAUGGCCGAGAGCGACUAUGACGGGAGAACAGCCCUUCACCUGGCUGCUGCUGAGGGACACCUUGAUACUGUCACCUUCCUCCUGGAUAAAUGUCAUGUACCACCCACUCCAAAAGAUAGAUGGGGCCACACUCCAGCCGAUGACGCGGAACAGUUUGGACACAUGCACGUCGUAGAGUUCAUUAAGGCGCACGAAGAGAAGCUGGAGGCAGAGAAGAACAAGAACGUGAUCCAGGAGUCAGAAGAGGAGGCCCAGGUGGAGCAGUAAGAGGGAGACUUGGGGUCAACUAUACAAGUCAAAAUGGUAACUAUACUCCACCUUGUUUUAAACUAUGUAAAUUAUUUAAAUCUUGUAUAAAUAAUUGAUAUAUCUCAAGCUGAAUUUUGUAUAUUAAUUUCCAUUUUUUAUAUUGUUUUUCUUUAGUCUGUUAGAUGUAAUGUUUCUUGUAAAUAUUAGCUGUAAUGCCAUAGGUGGAUGAUGAUUCACAGUGACAAGUUCAGUUUUAAAAAUUAUUUGUUAAAUUAUAUUGGUACGGUAAUUAUAUUCUGUACGCGUUAGUUUUCUAUGUUCUUAUGAAGUGCAUUGUUAUCUAAUGUGCUGUAUUGUAUAUGUAAUAAUGAUCUUUGUUAUGUAACUGUUUUUUAAUACUGUACUUAAUGAAUAUACUAUUAUGUGUUCCACAACCAAAAGUUCAGUAUUAUAUUCAGUGUAUAUACAGUAUAUAAACCGUAUAUAUACCUGUAUAAUAUUUGGGAUUGCUGGUAAGGCAGAAUGCUGACAAUGUUUUAGAAUUCAGGCACAGUGGUGACCAUAACCUUCCACCCAUCUCUCAUAUCUGGCUGUUUAUUUCAUGAUCUGAAGAGAUGCUCUCAUCUGUAACCUCAAAACCAAAUCCUAAUGAAUUAUACAAUUAUGGAUCUGGUAUUUAGAACCAAAUACAGUACUGCACUGUACGUCUACCCAGAGUUCUGUUAACGAGAUAUCCAUUGUUUUGAAGGAUUCUUGAUGAGAAAAAUAAAUUAAAAUAUCUAUGUAUGUUGCACUUGGCAAAAAUCAGUGUAAGUGAAAGUAAUGUAAAUGCUGUUUUAUAAAGUGGGUUGGAAAGAAAGGUGUAGGGGCAUUGGUGGGACUUGAGACACAAAGAACAUUAAGUCAGAGAAGUUAUUAUAGCAUGUACAGUAGCUAAAACAACUGUCUGUGCAGGUGGGGGUCGAUAUGCUCCAAAAUUUUACGUGUGACUAGUGACAGCCCUCAUAUACCAAAAUUUAUCGUCCAUGGUCUUGUAUUGUUUCCCACAAGGUAUGCACAGAUAGUUGUUUUAGCUAUUGUACAUUACCAGUUUAUUUACUUUAUGGAGAAAGUGAUGGAUUUUAGUCAUAUUAGCAAUGAAUACUUUAAUCUAAUCAUGGCAAGCUGCAAUAAAAUACCUCAUGCUACUCAACAUCUUCUUGGAUUAAGUCCCUCAAAGAAAGUGGGGGUGUAAACCAAGACUGUAAAUGUUAUCGAGACUUGAUAUUGACAAAGAAUAUGCUAAUUGUGAUAGGUAUAGUGUGUACACCUACUUCUAGUUGGACACAUGGACCAUAUUUUGUGACAUUGUAAAUCAGCUCACCUUGUUCUAUACAUUACUUUUUUACUUUUAACUCUGGUAGCAGUAAAAGGCUUAAAUACAUUACAGUAAUACUUUUCUAGCUCUCAUUUUGGUAGUACCUAGACCGAGAUGUUGCAUCUGAGGUUAAGGAGGGCCAACAAGCACCAUAGACCUAGUCCUUCUUGCUGGGGGAAUAUGUUAUGCUAUCUAUUCUUUCACUUAUGCAUUUUUAUCAAUCUGAAUCUUUCUACAAUGAUUCUUUGCUUCCUGGAACCUUUCAUUAGCAUAUUCACAGCUUGUCUCACCUCCUUGUGACUUGUACUGUACUUUUUUCUUUCAAUGUAGCACCCUCCCCCCCUCCCCUACACACACACUCUCCAAACAAGGUACUGGUAGCUCCACAUCUCUCCUUUGUUAAAUUUUUCAGUUAAUUGAAAUAUUCUCCCAUAUCCCUCUUGUUUGUCUUUUGUGUGUGGAAUAUCCCCUUUCAUUCUUGACCACUACAGUAUGUUCAAUUGUUUUCUUGGGUUUUUCCGCCUAGUAAUCUCCUUCCACAACAGCGUCUUAUCUAUAUCCUUGUGAUACCCUUUUAUCUGUUUUCCUUUUGCAUUCAUUUGCCUUUUUCUUGACUUUAUUUCUGGUCUCCUUUAUUUGCCCUUCUCUUCUCAAUAAUUUGUACUGCCAUUUCCUCUUGUUUUGCACUCCUGCGCAUUUUUAGUCAGUGUGAAAACCAAGUAAAAUUUUUCUCCUGUCCUGCCAGUGGAAGUUUCCGAGUAAAGUGGUGGAAGCUAGCAAGGUGUUACUGUAUUUAAGGUAAAGCUCAGGUUAUGCAACAAUUAAGAUCAGUAAUAUUCAGAGAAAAGUAAUUCCAUGAAAUAGUAAAGUUAGAUGUAAAGACAAUAAGUUACAUGUUAGUGAAAAGGGGAAGGAAAGUACUCAUUGAGAGGUGUGAUACUAUACAUUUGUGAAGACAUGUUAGGUGGUAGAUGCGUUUAAUGACAUAGGUAAUUAUAUUGCAGCAUUCUUACCUCUAAUAUUUUAUCAAGUGACUUAAAGUAUCUUCAUUUUGCUUUUCUUCCUGAUAGUAAAAUUUUUUAUAACUUCAGAUGGAUGCCAUGUAUUAUUUGAAGUUGGUGUGAUUAGUAUACUGUACCACCCAAUGAAAACAGGUCCCACUGCUGUGACAAAAUCUACUGAAAUGUGAUGUCAUAUCUUCCAAGCUGAAAAAGUGUGCCUUGACAAGUAGCCCAAAGAGAGCACAGUCUUGCACCUUCCUCACCUUUGCACUUACUCAUCAUUGUAUUGACACUUGCACAUCUCAACAGUACAACCACAUUAUACCUGUACAGCACUACAGUCGACCCUCAUUUACCUGAAAAUUAUAAUUUAUAAAGAAAUCGUCCAGACAUCAGAGCGUGACUGCCGGGAUGUGCUGCCAACAGUUAUGAUUAUUGAUAUAUUAUAUAUUUCAUUUAUACAGUAUAUACUGUACUGUAAUUUCUGUCAGUAUGUACGAAUGUCCUAAAUUUAUAUUAUGUUUGUAAAUAUACACUGACUAUCAUUGUAAGUUCUUAAAUCUAUAUGUACAGUAUAUUAUUAUGAUAUACAGUUUAUAUUUGGUACUGUAUAGUAUAUUAUUAUGGUGAUAUACUAUACUAUACAGUACAGUAUAUAAUCAUGAUACUAGCAUGUAAAAAUAUUACAGUGCUCUAUAUCCUAUACAAAUUGAUUAUUUAUUCAAGUAAAUUGGUUCUAGACUGUAGAGUAAGUCUUCCAUUGUGGUCUGUUUCCUCUGUCUCAGGCCUCUGCACUUAAAGUGCAAUUUAAACAGUGUACUUACUAUGUGAUUCUAACUCUCUUCCCAAGAAACUCCAAGUUUGUCUAUAAAUGGUGAUCAUUACACUUCAUGUACAGCACAUCAUCUCAUUGUUAUUGAUGGGAUCUUGACGACUGUGUCGGGUAUUAUGAACCAACCUUCCUCCCAAAUACAGUACCUCUCACCGCAGACUUCACAAUGGUUGAGAACAAUAUUGGGCCGUUUCACUACACAUGUUGCUUUCCUUAUUACCCCAGUUUUUUUUUCUUUUGAACACUGACACUAUUAAAAGCAUUUUAAUGCUCAAAUUAUAUUAUAGAAAUACUUUAUGAUGAUGAAUAGGAAAUAUAUGUUACUUAAUGACAAGUUUAGAUCAUUCUAGUAUUGUCAGGGAUGAUACCAAUGGAGUCGUCUACUAGUAAGCUGUGGAUGGUUCAGUUGAUGGGAUCCAGAUAGAGAUAGCAUCCAGAUAAACAAGGGUCGACUGUAAAGGGGAUCUAAAAAUCAAGGAAGGAGGCUUGAGACCACAUCAGUUGUCUAUAUUUCCUUCUCAUACUUAAGACUAUUGCUGUAACAUCUCAACAAAUAUUGACACAAAAGUAACUGAUUGCAAAACAAUUCACGUGAACUUGGGAUAGUAAAUAAAACUCCAAUGUUCAUUUGUGGACCAGGAAGAUUCAGAGAACAUAAUCUGACAGUUUAUCUUCCUUUGAAAGGAAUAAAGCUGACACAAAGUUAUCAGACUGACAGUAUGGCCUUCUGCCAACAAACACUACUUUUUAACAUUAACAAUUACUAGAGGAUGCCCACAACUACUGUAAGUUGUACUUACAGUUCACCAUAAAUCAUCCAACUUUUGUCUAGACUGCUGUGACUUCCACUCCGGCUCUUUUCUCUCACACGACAAUAAGUGGUCAACAAUAGCCUCACCUUAUGAUAAAAAGCCCCUCCUGUUCUCCACUGAGUACAGUAGUACUAACAAUACUGUACUGUGAUAAGUUUGAAACCUUUUACAUAUGACCAGGGUUUUUUUUUAACAGUGGAAGUUUGAUCCUAUUUACACAGUUAAGUCUACAAUCUAUAUAACGUCCUGCACUUUUAUCACACGUAAGAAACUAAACGGGGGUUAUCACUUAAUAAUUUAGUUUCAUGACUGAUAAAUCACAAUGCACCAUUAGAUUCAAUGAAAAUGUUAUUACUGUACAUUGCACCUGUGAACAAUCUUACAGCAAUAAUGUAGACUAUUGUCUUAUUUUAUAUCUGAGCAAUGCAUUUUGUCAAUUGCCUCAUCAACUAUGGCUGUAAAAGCUAAACAGUGAGCAUUAUUUAUUAAUGUCAUAAUUGGUCAGAACAUGUAUAUUUGUUAAUGUUUUAAUACCUGUACUGUACACAUUUCUUCACAUGAAAUACAAACAUACAGGUAUCAAAAUCUAGUGUUCUGAAUGAUUUAGAUUCUGGUAAAUGGUUGAGAACCAUCUGGUAUUAAUAUUCACUAAAAUAAUCACCUUUUGAAUAACAGAUCUCAUUUAUAUUCCAUGUGUAGAUAAAUGUAUGUAUGCCCAAGAGAUGCAGGAGACCUAAAACAUUAAUGCCAAAUAAGGGUAAUUUAGCUUGUUGGAAAUGAGAUAUACUCCUCUAGGAAAAGGGUUGAAGAUGUAUGUGAUAAUCUUUCACUGGGUCAUAGAACAAAAAGUUUGAAAAGCAUUGGCCUAUAGAGUACUUUACUUUGGUAAAAUUGCAGUUUCACUCCCAAUUUGUUUUUGACCAGAAAUCUAGGCUUUUCCCAUGGUAUUUGGUGUAAUUUGUUAAAAUUUGACCUUCAUUUCUCUUGUAAAUGAGUAAUUUUGAGUUCUCAUCCCCCCCCCAUCCAACAGUUUUGGGAGUGAAACUAAUAAUACCUGUACUUUUCUAUAAAUCAGUUGAAAUGCCUCGCUGGUCAUAAUUCUCUGAAAGUUUAACCCAUUCUUCAACAGUUAAUUUGGUAAAUUGCAACCUUGACUCUCCAAACAUCCUCCAUGUAAAUAAAAUUCACCUAUGUCACUAAUGACCAAUGCACCACACUGCAAGCAAAAGUUGCUGAAACUGUGCAAGAACUGGAAGUUUCCUGAUCUUAUUACAUCAACUAUCACUUAGUUUACGAAUUCCCAUUUAAAGGUUUGGGACUUGAGUCCAAAUACAAUCUGAGGAGCAAGAAGACUGUCUCACGAGUCAUAACCUAGAAUAUUAUCUUGUAUCCCACCCGACUGUCUAAUUAAGAUAGACUAAGUUAUAAGUAUUGUGCUAUACUGUACUGUUUUAUUUUUAACCUCUUUGCCACUGAUUGGCUCAUUAGCUGCUUGUCAAGUCUGGUCUUGAAAGAGCUUACACUCUGUGCUGUUCACAACUCGCACUCUGAAAAAGUUUGUCCUCACAGUUUUCUGGGCUUGCGGCUUCAACCUUGGGGCAUGCAUCCGCCAGCUCCAGGUAAGGACACUCAACUGAGUAGUGCCCCGAGAUGUUUAUAAACCUCGUUUAGGUCUCCCCUUGCCCGUUUGUAGUAGAUUCGUAAGCCAUGCAAUUACAGGCGCUCUAAUUUCUCUGGGUACCUGAGGUACCGAAGUGCAGGCACCAGUCUGGUGGCCCUCCUUUGGACAUUUUCAUUCAACUGAGUCCCCAGCAUAUCUCGGGAUCAGACGGUGACAAUACUCCAGGUGGGGAAGCACUUCACCCUUGAGGGUCGUUACAAGGGACAGACUAUCUAGAUAUCUGAACGAUCUUCUUAUAAGACCUAAUAGUUUAGUUGUUUGGUUCACCUACUGUACAGUGCUGUACUAUCUUGUAUUUUUGUGCUGUAUAGUACAGAGUAUUGUACUUUACUGUAUUGUAACAUUAGUUAGUCAUAUUGCUUUCUUGUUGCCUGAGGCUUUUUGUUUUUAGGUGUCUCCUGCAUUUCUCAAAGUAUGUGUGUAGUUGAUAGCAGUCUAAAAAUAAUUUUGCUGCACAGAUUAUGUAUAGUCGCCAAAAUCUUUAUCCCAAAUAAAUUAUGAUAUUCAUCAAUUGUUUACUGUAUAUGACAUUUAAUGAUAAAAACUCAACUUUAGAAUUAGUUCCAGGUAAUUUAUGAGGAAGGUAUGUUUAGUCAUUCACCAAGAUUAUCUACACUAGUGUUAAAUGGGUCUUGCCCAAUCAUUGUCGAGGAUAAUGAAUAUAUUUAAUUUACUCACCAACUGUGACUUGAAACAUCCUGUAGACUACAGUCCUUAAGCUUAACAUUAAAAUGUGUUUAUAAAUCAUGUUUAAUUGCUUUAUAUUAAAGAGUACCACUGUAUCUGUAAUUAAAUUUAAUAGACUGCUUUCAGCCACAAGUAGGUAAGUGUGCGUGUAAUAUAAACCUGUAGAUUGUAAUGUUUCUUUCUGGUCUUUAUUGUUAUUAGUGUUAUAUAUAUAUAUAUACAGAAAUAGGUUGUGAUUUUAGUUCAAAGUACAUCUAGUCAUUGAAGUACUGUAUGUAGCUGGAUGUUUAUAUAUCCAGCUUCUCAUUCAUCAUUUGUAAAAUAAUUUGGUUUUUCAAUCUUCUAUAAUACAGUAUUGAAGCCUGCAGUAGGGUCCAGUAAUUCCAUUGUAAUUGGGGAAUAAUCUUGUAGAUCUGAUUUUGCUAAUAUGAAUCCUUAGUAGUCAGCGAGUAAAAAAUACUUACAAGAAUGUGAUUAACCUGUGCAGAAAUUUUUUUAGCACUUUGUGUUAUACAUAUAAAACAAAAGGCUUGCAUUUAAUACAAACUAAAGCGGUGUACAACUCGGCAUAGAAAUUUAAUUGGUAGUACUCACCUUUGUUAAAUGCUAAGAGAACUUAGAUUCCAGCAUAAACACUAUCUUGGAAUUCUCGUCGGGAGCCGCAGGUUCAAAUCCAUGCUAAGUGAGGGGGGGGGUUAUUGACGAACCUCCCCCUCCUUUUGUUUUUGUCCUCAGAUUUGUAUGAAGUAUAUAGAUGCCCAUUCACUAUCAAAAAUCAAUACUUGAAAAUAUGCAGAAAAAAUCACAUCCCUGUCCUGUACAGUAUUUUGAAUCAAGCUGAUUGAUGCAUAUAGGUAGGUAUUCAUAAAUUACUGUAUCCUAACUUGCUAAUCAAUUAGGGGAUUCAAGAAAACUCCCAAAUUAUAAUGAAAUAUAUAAAUUUUGAAAGAAAACCAAAUGGUUUAGGUAUUCAUUUAAUAUUUGGUUACCACCUGUUUGAUAUUAAUGCAAACAGAUUAAAUGAGUACCUUGAAUUCUUAUUUUCUGGUUUAGUGUACUAUAAUGAACACAAAUCUUCAGUGACCGAUUAUAUCCAAAUUGCAGUUUCUAUUAUCAGUAACAACAUAAUCUAUGGUUUAACAAACUGUUAAUCAUUAUUCCAAACCAAAGACAAACAACCAAUAUUGACUAUCUCGGGAAGUAAACGAUUCAUUGUCAAUAACAAAAAAAAAUAUUGAUCUAAUUUUGUCUGACCUUAAUCAUUUCCACUUGCAUGUAUUAUCACAGCCCCCAACAAAAGACAUUUCCUCAGAACUACCUAGUCUUCUAAGUUGCAGCUAUUGUAAAUACAAGAACAACUCUGUACAGUAGUUGGUAUACAAUUGUGUACCCUAAACAACUUACGGUAUAUGGAGCUUCUGUGCAGUAUUUUAUGCCAUAGUGAAUGAAGGGGAGCUUUCAAGUGGCUUUAGUGUAAUGUUUGAAGUUCAGCUGUUAGCUUGUCCAUAACUGUGUAAGGUAGGAUGUUCGUAGUCCACAAAAAUAUAUUAACAUUUGUAUAUACCAUGUACUGUAUUUAAUGUUGACUGGAUGAACACUGAGAAGGCAUUGGCUUCUUUGUUUUACACACAAAGGAUAUGCCAAUAAGAAUAUGGACACAAGAUUAAAAAAUAUAAAUUACAAGAUAAUUCAUAUUUUAGUAUAAUGUGCAGUAACUGUUUGACUUGUAGUAAUUAAAUAUUUUGUGAACAUUUAGCAAGUGCUAAUUGCAUGGAGUUUGGCAGACCAUUAAUGUUAACAGGGAAAAGAACUUUACUACUAUGAAAGAUUGUUGCUUAUUCCUCUAUUUUCUUUGGCUACAUACUGCAAAACCACUUAUCACACAUCUAUCAAAACUUUAGUCUGGUCACACAUGCUCACUAUGUACAAUUUCUCAGACUCCACACUUUUCUUCCCUUAAUAUUGUUUUACAAUUUCUCCCUCUUGGAAAUCCUUCACUCUUUAUACAUAUACAGUACAGUAAUACAUGUAGUUUCAUUACAAAAGAAAAUGGUUACUGCCUCAACCUCAAUCAUGUGAUGGCAAGACAAAAAUAUGUAGUAUUCAACAAGUGUUUUUUGCUAGUUGCUACCGAGGUGUGGAAAUUAUUGGUAAUCAAAAUGUUACGUCUGCAAACAGUAUCUUGCUUUUAGUGUGGGAAAUCUUAUACACGACAGAUUUAAUGAUUAAUGUAAAAUAUAAUGUUGACCCUUAAUGGACACAUCCUGCAACAGAUGUGAUUCCCAUCUGCAAGGGUCAAAUACAUUUCUUGGUAGACUUUUAUAUUGAUUUGCAGAGGAAGAAGACUGACAUAUUAUUUGACAUUUAUGUACACUUUCAUUUUGUGCCCAAGCCUUCAACAGCAAAGUUUGUAUUUCCAAAUUAUCAAAAGGUCUACAAAACCUCAAUUUGCAUUAAUUUGUAUUGUUCAACUGGUUGUGAAGAUACUUUUGUUGUAUUUUAAUGCAAUGGCAUCUCAAAGUGUAAUUUCAGUUAAAAUAUGAAGAUAUUAAAAAAAUAAUAAAACAA